GUCAAUUUUGGUCAACACAUUAUGUUUUGGCUAAUUUGCUAAGUGAGGCUUAUUUUGAUCGAACAUACGUUUUAUAAUGAUUUGUAAACAACAGCUUUAGACAGUGAAUUGCUUACUAUGCUACAAAUGUAGGCCUACUGAUAUAAGUGGACGCACGUGGCAUUACGGCAACGAUUUUAUAUUUGUGAUGGGCAUUCCGAGUCUUUUCGGUGAGCCGGCACAUUUGGAUCUGUUCAGAUAGUGAACUCAGUAGCGGAGAUAAGAUGAUGCAGACCCCUGAUGAUUUCCAAGAAAAGCACAAUGAGACAAUCAUUAGUUGUAUGUUGGUUGGGGAUGGUGCUGUGGGGAAAACCAGCAUGAUUAUAAGUUACAUCUCAAAUGGAUACCCAAACGAAUACCGUCAGACGGCCUUUGACGUCUUCACCGGAUUGGUUAGAGUAGAUGGGAUUCCAGUACAAAUCCAGUUGAUGGACACUGCAGGACAGGAGGAGUUUGAUCAUUUUCACUCCAUGUUUUACAAUCAAAUAGAUGUCUUCAUCAUUUGCUUCAGUGUUGUCAACCCAGUGUCUUUCCACAACAUCACUUCAAAAUGGAUCCCACAGAUCCGCACCUUCAAUUCUGCUUCACCCAUAAUUUUAGUGGGGACCCAGUCUGACCUCCGGCAUGAUGUUGGCAUCCUUAUCCAUCUGGACCAGCUGAGGGUCAAGCCAGUGGUGAACUCCCAGGCCAGGCGUCUGGCAGAGAAGAUCAGAGCCCACGACUAUGUGGAGUGUUCCGCACUGACCCAGAAGAACCUAAAAGAAGCAUUUGACUCUGCUAUCUUUGUUGCCGUCAAGCACAAGGCCUGUGAGAAAGCAAAGAAGCUCAAACUAUUUGGUCGUGCAAAGACUUUUUCUAGUGGGGGGUGGAAGAAGUUCUUCUGCUUCAUGUGAUCCAAUGGCAUCACUACCUCAAUACAGGACACAAAACCCUCUGGUGUUGAAUACUAGGGGGUGGCAGUAGCCACUGGCUGGAUUACUAAGAGUUAGUUAUUCUGGACAAAAGUUGUCAUAUGUUGUGCUUAUUGAAGCUCAAAAGCCAAAAGUUCCCCCAGCAACCUGUGAUCGCCUUCCACCAUUGUAUGCACUGUGGAAAGUCUUUCUUAUUCACAGGAUUCAGACAGCAUUGUAUUGCAGUUGGUGUCACGGCCUAUUUGCGACCUGACUAUCACUUUUCUAGCGCAUAUACUGCAUAGUCGAGUAUUUUGUUUGUAGGCUUUAUAAAAUGUGAAUAUCUUCUAGCCAUAUAUGCUUCUUGUGGAAGCCACGUUUCAAACAAUGUUUGCUUUGUCGUUUUAUGUCACGUUUACUUGUCUCGUUACACAUUUCACUUUAAGUGUUCAUUUUUUUGUUUAUUUUAAGAAAUUAGGAGUUUGUAAAUGUGAAAAUAUAAAAUCAAGAAUGGGUUGGCAGGUAGCCUAGUGGUUAGAGUGUUGGGCCAGUAACCGAAAGGUUGCUGGAUCGAAUCCCUGAGCUGACAAGGUAAAAAAUCUGUCGUUCUGCCCCUGAACAAGGCCGUUAACCCAAUGUUCCCCGGGAGGCUGCCAUCGUAAAUAAGAAUUUAUUCUUAACUGACUUGCCUAGUUAAAUGAAGGUUCAAUUUAAAAAUAUAAAGAUAAUGUAGAUCAGCCCUCAUUAUAGUUGUGGAAAAUUAUAUUCACUAAUGCCUUGGACCUUAUUUUAAUUUACUGUUAACAUAUGGUAAGGUAUAUUGAUCACUGAGGGAGCCCAACAGUCUGAGGUAAAUCCUCAGAAAACAGAGGGAAAGACAGAGUUGAGAAUAUUCUCACCACAGGGUUUUGUUACCCAGCUCACCAACAAGGGACUACGGUCACCUGCUGUCACAUUGAGGAUCCAAUUUACAAGACAAAGCCUCUCCGUUAAAGCUGUUCCCUUUGCCUUUGUAAUACAGCAAAUUGGUUUAAGCCUUGGAAAGAGGAAAGUCAUAAUAUAUAUACAAUCGAUUGCUGAGUACUACAUCGACGUACAUAGUUGUUGGGUAUUAGAAACCUUGUGCGUAUUCAUUACGGAAACUUUAAGAACCAAACGGAAACAUGGAGGGAACUACCUGAAUUUGUCCAAUAGAAACUUUUACGUUUGGAGUAAACAUCUGUUGCAAAACAUUUUGCAACGGAGUCGGCAUAAUGAUUACAGCACUGGAAAAAAGUCCAAAGUGAUUUGUUUAAGACAGAACAUAUUUUUUUAUUUGUAUGAUAAGUGGUAAAAUGAAUGUGCUAUAAAGGAGUCAACAAUUGAA